AUGGACGUAUUGGCCUCAAUAUCUGAUUUUCUUAACGCUGGAUCGCUGGAUGGCGAACCCCCGAGAUGCGCUAUGGCUAAUGAUGACCCCAUACUCGUAGACGACGAAUAUUAUCUGGGAAAUUGCGCGCAGGACGGUUUCUUGGUCGCCAAUAUACCCCACUCGGCCAUCGCCACUAUUCGUUCUUUACUUGGACCUUUCUCUCGUGUCAGCUUGCAGCACGGGACCCUUAUUUCGUCUCCGUAUGACGCGAUGACUCCUCUUGGCCCUACUCUGGUCAUUUGUUCGACCUUCAUCUUUAUCGUCCUGCAUACUGGUUUUUACUCUAUCCCUCCCAUUGCUCUUCCCUGCACCUUGCUCACGCAGAUGCCCACAUUUGCUCACGUGGAUGCCUGCACUUUUGCUCACGCAGAUGCCCGCACUUUUGCUAACGCGGAUGCCCGCACUUUUGCUCACGCGGAUGCCUGCACUUUUGCUCACGCAGAUGCCCGCAAUUCUGCUCAGGCGGAUGCCCGCAACGCGGACGCCCUCAAGCUACUAUCUCUUCUUUCCAACGCCGCUUUCCUCACCUCGAAGCGUCGCUCUGAGGCUCCUACAAUUCGGGAUCCGAGGUUCACUUCGCUGCGUCGCUCUCACUCCUAA